AUGGCAAGUGUAUUCGCUGCUGGAGGGAACACGUCAAAAGGAAGAGCUGCUUCUACUGCUGGUGCUGGUGCAGCCAGGUCGAGAACACAGGAUUCAAGCAAGAAGUCUCGGAGCAACUCAGCGUUGAAAACAAGCUCAACGUCGCCGCGGCCAGAGCCGACCAUGAUCAAGAGAAGAAACUCGUCGUUUGCAAACUCGUCGUCGCCUUGGUUCAGACGCAACUCGUUUUUAUCGCCAACCAUGAUUCAAGAUGAAAAUUUCAAUGUCUACGAGUCCCAUCACGGGUUGUAUACCAGCACUGCCAGUGGGGGUGAUUCGUUGUAUAUUUCCAACUACUCGAUUAUCUCAUUGCGCGAGUGCCAGGGAUUUUUGUUCAAUCAGGAUUUGUUUGCUACUCCAUACCAGCAGGUUCGAUCGCAAGCGAACGAAAAGAGAAUGAAGGCCAAUAGCCGUCGUAAUAGCAGCAGAGGGAUAAGUCUUGAGUCCAAGAGAUGCGGUGGAGGUAGCGGUGCUGGAAGAAGGCAUACAAGUUAUCAUCCGCAACGACCUCAAUUUGGAACCGGUUUGCCUACUGCUGACAAUGACAAGGCUCUCGUUGAUGGAGAUGAGGAUGAAGAUGAAGACCAGGAUGAGGAUGAAGAGAUGCACGACGCUCUGGAGGAUUUACUGCAUAAUAACCGAAGAAUACUGGAUUUCAGCGAAGAUGCAAUGGAAGAAGAAGUGGAAGAAGAAGAAGAAGAAGAAGACGACGAAGACGAAGACGACGAAGACGACGAUGAAGACGACGACGACGACGACGAUUACAGAGAAAUGCAUGCAUAUGGAGGAGACUUCAACAACAGAAGGUAUAAAGUCAAAGUAACCGACAUUGUCAUUGACGAAACCGAUGCCGAUAUCUUCCCCAAUCUGGAGAUGUAA